UGUUUUUAUUCCUUUUGAAAGCGAAGAGGCGCGUGUAGAAGCUGACUCUCGCAGUGCUCCAGUGUCUGUCACAUUUAUUUUUACCACGCGUGUUAGUUGUCAGCGUUCGACAGUUCCAGACCUCGUACGUGCUGGUGACCAUGGCGGAGUUGGUGCCAAACGUGGACAUAGGAGAGGUGGAGCGGGAUUCCGGGUUCCUGGGCUUCCUCAGGUCCCUUCCAGAGAAGCCUGCGACAACAUUCCGGUUUUUCGACAGGAAUGACUACUACACUGUUCAUUCGAGCGAUGCGGAGUAUGUGUGCCGCGAAGUGUUCCGGACCAUGUCUGUCCUCAAGUACCUUGGCUCCGGAGACAAGAAGAUAGGGUCGGUGUGCCUGAGCAAGCGCAACUUCGAGGCCCUGCUUGUGGACCUGCUGCUGGUCAAGCGCUACCGGGUCGAGGUCUACCAGAACACUGGUGCCAAGGGGAAUGCCUGGAGCCUCGUCACAAGGGCAUCUCCAGGGAACCUCGCCCAAGUGGAAGACGUCCUGUUUGGAGGCAAUACCCAAAUGUCCGAAGCCAAGGGCGUCAUGGCCGUCAGCGUCAAAUUCGACGGCAAACAACAGACGGUGGGCAUUGCCUACGGGGAUGCGGUGCUUCAGGAGCUGACGGUCGUGGAGUUUGACGACGACGAGCACUUCUCCAAUCUCUGCACAGUCCUGGUGCACCUGGGCCCCCAAGAGUGCCUCAUCUCGUCGCCAGACGCCAAGAAGUUUGCCGAGGUGAAGGGUAUCGUGGAGCGGUCGGGAAUUCUGCUGACCGAGUGCAAGCCGGCCGACUUUGUGUCCAAGGACAUUGUGCAAGACCUGGGUCGUCUGCUGGCUCCAUCCUCGGUGCCCCAGGGACAGGCGGCCAUGCUGCCGGAAGUGGAUCUUAAGGUUGCCAUGGAGUCACUGGCCGGGGUCAUCAAGUACCUGAAUCUGACAUCGGACAGCGAGAACUUUGGCCGCUUCCGAAUGUCGACGUUUGACUUCAGCCAGUACAUGCGCAUCAAUUCGGCCGCAAUUCGUGCCCUUGGGGUGCUUCCGGGCAGUGACGACCAGAAGGCUGACCUGAGUCUGCUGAAAGUGCUGAACCGCUGCCGCACACCCGGCGGUCAGCGGCUCUUGGCGCAGUGGCUGAAGCAGCCGCUCACGGAUGUCCGCAAGAUCGAGGAGCGCCUGGAGAUGGUGGAGCUGUUUGUGCAGAAGGGGGAGCUGCGCCACUGCCUGCACGAGGACUACCUGCGCCACUUCCCCGACCUCCUGAGGGUGGCCAAGCGGCUGCAGAGGCACAAGAGCACCCUGCAGGAGCUGUACAAGACGUACCAGACGCUGAAGGUCCUGCCCAAGGUGCGGGAGGUCCUGUCCAAGGCUGCGGACGAGGACAAGCGCGCCGUGCUGCAGGGACUCUUUGUAAAGCCUCUCGCGGAGCUGGAAAACGACUUCUCCAAGUACCUUGAGAUGGUGGAGACAACUCUGGACCUGGAGGCUGCGGAGAGCGGGGACUUCCUCGUCAAGCCCGACUUCGACGACGACCUCCAAGCCCUGCGAGAAGAAUUGGAUUCUCUGGAAGCAAAGUGCCAGGGCUACCUUGACAAGGCUGCGAGGGACCUUGGCCUCGAGGCCAGCAAGACCAUCAAGCUGGAAUCGAACAAAGAACUUGGCUUCCACUUCCGCAUCACCAGGAAGGAGGAACGGGCGCUGCGUUCCCGCAAGGGCUACGUGGUCAUCGACACGAAGCAGAACGGAGUGCGCUUCCGAAGCCCCGACCUGCUCUCGUCCAACGCGAGCUAUCUGGACACGAGAAGGGCCUACGAGGAGGCCCAGCAGAGCAUCGCCAAGAUGAUCGUCGACAUUGCAGGGGGCUAUGCGGAGCCCAUGCACCAGUUGUCGGACGUCAUCUCGCACCUGGACGUCCUGGUGGGUUUGGCAGUGGCGGCCGCCAGUGCAAGCAAGCCUUACGUCCGUCCCAAGAUUCUCGAAAAAGGUUCUGGCAUCUUGAAGAUGACUGGCCUGCGUCAUGCAUGUGUGGAGUCUCAAGACAACAUCAUGUUCAUUCCCAAUGACAUAGAGAUGAAGAAAGGUUCCAGCUCCUGCUACAUCAUCACGGGCCCCAACAUGGGAGGCAAGUCGACCUACAUCCGUUCCGUGGCGCUGGCAGUGCUGAUGGCGCAGGUGGGCAGCUUUGUGCCGUGCGACAGUGCCGAGCUGUCCCUGGUGGAUGCCGUGCUGACGCGCAUCGGGGCGGGGGACCAGCAGCUCAAGGGAGUCUCCACCUUCAUGGCCGAGAUGCUCGAGUCCGCACACAUCCUCAGGAACGCCACUGCCGACUCCCUGGUGGUCAUCGAUGAACUGGGCAGAGGAACGUCCACCUACGACGGAUUUGGCCUGGCCUGGGCCAUCUCCGAGCACCUGAGCAAGGAGGCAGACGCCUACUGCCUGUUUGCCACCCACUUCCACGAGCUGACGGAGCUGGCCCAGGAGCUGCCGUGCGUGCGCAACGUGCAUGUCACGGCAGACGUGCGGGAGGACAGCUUCACCCUUCUCUACAAGGUCAAGCCAGGUGUCUGCAACAAGAGCUUUGGUGUGGAAGUGGCAGAACUCACACAUUUCCCAGAGCAUGUCAUAAAGGAUGCCAGACAAGUUUUGGCACAGCUGGAAGGAACAGCUCGUCUUGAAGACUCACUCCCCAUGGAUACUCAGUAGCUGCCUUAGGU